GUUAAAACACUUCAUGGGCAAGCUACAGCUUUACGGACAGAAACAGAAUCGCUAAAAGCAAAAUUGGAUGAAAUAUCUUCUUCAAAAUCACUUGAUACCACAAGUAACUUACUCCAAGUUGCUGCUCAAGAGGCCGACGAUGAUGCUGAGAGCACAAUCAGAGCUUUCCUCUCGGGCACAAUCUCUACAGAACAAUUUCUCAAAGAUCUUCAUGAAAAGAAAACUUUAGCUCAUUUACGGAAAGUAAAGUCCGAUCGCCUAAUUUCUAUAUUACGAGAUCAACAAUACUCUCAAGCUACUCCGUCUCUUCCACCACGUACUGGUGUUGCCCCAUAUCCAGAGUUGCCUAUGCCUAGUCGACUUUCAUAUUACUGA